AUGGUCUGCGAUCGUCGUCACGAGCCAUUGCAGUGGCGAAGGGCUCUGCACUCCAUUACCGAGCCCCUCUCGGAGAAUUGUCAACCCUCUUCCGGCAGCAUCGUCUUGGGUAUCAGUGCAUGCAGUAAAGAGAGACAGUGGCAGAGGGCACUGUCUGUCUUGGAGAUUCCGGGAGCAGCCUUUGAGAAUGUACGGAUUCUGGGUGCUAGUAUUAGCGCUUGCGAGAAAGGCGGAAGAUGGGAGUUGGCAUUGUCACUGCUCUCAUCAGCCGGUUGCGUUGCGAACACGAUCAGUUUCAAUGCGGCGAUUGCUGCCUGCAACAGGGGUGUCGGACCAUGGCCGCGAUCACUAGAAUUAGCUUCGGAGAUUUGCAGCAGAAGACUCGGGGCAGACGUCAUCACGUAUAAUGCAUGCAUCACCGCAUGCGCUUCAGGGAGAGCAUGGUCCUUGGCCUUGCUUUUGCUUUCGGGGAUGUCGGAAGUCAAUCUUCAAGCCAAUGUGGUCACUUGCAAUGCUGCCAUCAGUGCAUGUGAGGGAGUGGGAUGGGAGUGGUCACUGGAGCUGCUGUCAAGUAUGCAGGGAGCGCAGGUGCAGGAAGAUGUCAUCAGCUUCAGUACUACCAUCAGCAUCUGUGAGAAGCAGAGCCAGUGGCAGGUUGCAGGGCAGCUCUUCGCACAGAUGCUGGGGAGAGACAUACGAGCUGAUGCCAUCGUCUUCAGUAGCUGUAUCAGCGCACACGUGCGUUGUGAGCGGUGGUCUUUGGCGCUAGAUCUCUUGGGCCACAUGCGGCGAGGUAGAGUGCGAACGGAUGUCAUCGCCCUGAGUGCAGGCAUCACCGCAUACGGUAAGGGCGGGCACUGGCAGUCAGCCCUGGAUCUGUUGUUCAGCUUCGGAGGUCAUGUUGAUGCGGUAUGCUACAAUGCCGUUUUGGGGGCUUGUGACAGAGCCGGGCAGUGGGAAGUCGCAUUGCAGCUGCUGGAGACGAUGCCCCGAGCCGGAGUGCAGGCGGACGUGAAGAGUUUCGGCUCUUCCAUCAGCGCCUGCACUGGUCUGGCAUGGCAGGUGGCUCUUCAGGUUCUGUCGAGGAUGGCUUUGGCAACAGUGGAGGCUAGUAGAGUCGCUCACAAUGCUUGUAUCAGCGCGUGUGCGGCUGCGGGAAGGUGGCAGAUCGCAGCCGCGCUGCUGGAGGAGAUGUUGGGAAUCAGGCUUGGUGUGGAUGUAAUCAGCUUCAAUGCCCUCAUCAAUGCAUGCCAGCAAAGCGGCAGAUGGGCACUGGCCUUGCACGUCCUGUUCGACGUCUUCGCAAGUGCAGCUAUGUCUCCGGAUGUGAUCAGCUUGAAUGCCACCAUCGGGGCAUGCACCCAAGCUGGGCAGUGGCAGAGAGCUGUAUGGCUCCUAUGGGAGCUCCCAACUCUAUCACUGCAGAGGGAUAGCACGAGCUUCAGCGCGAGCAUCAGCGCCUGUGACCUCGCCGGUCGCUGGGAGAUCGGGGUUCAGCUCUUCUCACUGAUGCCCUGCGAAAGAAUUUUGCCGGACGUCCUGGCCUUCAAUGCCGUUCUGAGCUCCUUCGCGCGCGUGGGGCAGUGGGAGCCAGUGCUCUGUUUGCUCCAGGAGAUGCGUUCUGUGGAAGUCGCCCCGGAUGCCUUCAGCCGCAGCGCCGCCAUCAGCGCUUGCGCCGCGGGUGGUCGCUGGGAAAUUGCCCUCAAAGAGCUCCAAGAGCCCCCCGGGUCCUUUGCCAACAUCGCCGUGCUCAAUGCAGCGAUGUCAGCGCUUCAAAGAGCGGGGAAAUGGCAGAGGGUCCUCGAGCUUCUCGCCGAUCUGCCCAAGAAGAACCUGGAGGCAGAUUCAAUCAGCUUCAAUGUGGCCAUCAGUGCCUGCGAGGGCGCAGGGCUGUGGCAGGGGGCACUGGAGCUGCUCAAGAAGAUGUCUCGCGCUGAGCUGCAGCGAAAUGAGAUCACGUGGAAUGCGGCCGUGCGUGCGUUGCAGCAAGGUACGCAAUGGCAGCUGGCAUUGGACCUUUUGGCCCAGGCAACGCCUAAGGGGAAGAAAGGCGUGGCAGAUGCAGAAGUGAUGAUCCUGUCGUUGGCUCUCGCCGUUUGCGAGCAAGGCGGACAUUCCUUGGCCGCCCACGCGCACUUGCUUCAACUGGCAGAGGCCGUGGAUGUCAGAGACCUGCUGAGACCUUGGCUGCUGGAGGAAGAUGGUCUCUCGAGGUUCAAGAAGGUGACUCAGCGGAACGAGCGACUGAAAGACGACACGGAGAAGCGCUGGAAGAAAAUCCGCGCCGAGCCCAAGAACAAGAAGAAGACCCGGCGCAUGAUUGCGCUCGAGGUGAUGAUGAAGUACCCCGCCCACAGCCGCCUGUAUAAGCACGCACAAAGCGUGCUACAGACUAUGGCGCAGCGGAGCUUGGACGACUUAUUGCUACAGGACGGCAUCGAGGAGUUGCAAAUCUUCCUGCCGACGGAUAGCGAGGAGGAGUCCUGA